AUGGGUGAUACGAAUGGACAAGUAAUUGCUGGUGACCAUGGCCCAGGAGAUCGUUUGGAUCAAUUGGAUCGACCAGCUGAUGUGCUGAUCGACAAAGGAACGGAUAGUCUCUUGAUUUGUGAUAGAUGGAAUGAGCGCGUCUUACGGUGGUCUCGCAGUAGCGGCACAACUCAUGGAGAAAUUCUUCUUGAGAACAUCGAUUGUUAUGGAUUGGCCAUAGACGAUCAGAGAUAUAUCUAUAUUUCUGAUGACAAUAAACAUGAAGUCAGACGAUAUAAAAUAGGAAACAAGAAUGGAACUAUUGUUGCUGGUGGCCAUGGACGAGGUGAUGGUUUCAAUCAACUCAACGAACCAACAUUUAUUUUUGUCGAUCAACAGCAGUCUGUCUAUGUGUCGGGCAGCAACAAUCAUCGCGUAAUGAAAUGGACUAUAGGUGCAACAGAAGGGAUUGCCAUUGCUGGAGGUCAAGGCCAAGGAAAUGCUCUAAUACAGCUUUCACAUCCUCGAGGACUCUUCGUCGAUGCGUUCGGUUUCAUCUAUGUGACAGAUUCUGAGAAUGAUCGAGUGAUGCGCUGGUCUCAAGAUGAAAAGCAAGGCACUACAAUUGUAGGUGGAAAUGGUCAGGGACAAGAAGCAAAUCAGUUAAAUCUCCCCGUUGGUCUGUCCUUCGAUCGACAUGGAAAUCUUUAUAUCGCCGAUAGUCUUAAUUGGCGAGUACAACGUUUUCCUAUCGAAUAG